AUGCUAUCCCGAACAAAGGUGGAAAACAUCCUCAGUCUUGGACUUAAUGGGAUGAAUAUCUGCCUGUACCUCUUGGUUAUCGCUUCAACCAUCGUAAAGUGUUUAAAUGCGAACUUUUCACAGAUUGUAAUGGGUAUCUAUGGAAUAAUAAUCGCAGCUCUCUUGGUUGUGAAUGAAUUUCAUCAGUCCAAUAUCUCCAUCGACUAUUUUCCAUUUAUCUGUUUGUACCGUGGUCGUGGAAUGGUCCUGAUAUUUUUUGGGUGCCUUGUUUUGGAUGUAGCUGUAGUGAAUAUUAUUGCUGGUACUCUUAAUCUGGCAUUUGGAUUCUUGUACAUCAUCAUGUCAUACAUUCCGUCAUAUCCUCCACUUCGACCUAUUGGAAUCAACUGGCAGAACUGGAAAGACUUUUCAGCUGAAGGCCUUGAUCUGAUGGGUCCUAAACAUAUGGAAAUAGAGAGCAAUGUAGCUAUGAGGCUAAAGUCUCCUCCGCCGUUUUCGCAGCACAUCUAUCCAUAUGAAACGGACAUCGGUGAUAUUAGAACAAGUCACCUCCACAAAGAGCACCGAGCCACAGUUCAUCCAGCAGGGCAUUCCAAAUAA